AGGUAAUGAAAAUCCAAUAUGGCUGCGCCCAUGCUACUCGUGCUUUUUAUAGCCUAAUCGAUGUUUGCUACACAGAUAUGAUUAAAAAAGCCACAUGACAGCAGUAAUGGCAUCACACUCUGCAACUGCUUUAAAGGUCAGGAGCACGAUAUGUCCGGAUUAUCAGUCUGACAGCUGGUUUUCUAAUUACUACAUACAAAUCAGAAGUUAAUAACCAGAUUAUGCAGAAACUGCAAUACUUGAAACUGCCAUGGAAGAGGUGCCAUGAAUAUGUUAUGAGGGUAGACAGUAUGUGGAAAGCUGCCUUGAGAUGUUUACAUACACCAGCGAGGACAACACCCUGUAUAUCACACAUGUGUUCUGUAGUGUCACUCCAACACAAACAGUCCUACAGUGUACAGGGACCUGAGUGUAAACCCUACAGUGUACACGGACCUGUGUGUAAACGCUACCAUGUACAGGAGUGCGAACUGAAUGUGUCAAAGUCAAAGAAGGAAUAUGAGGCCAUCCAAAGACCUCUAUUUAAUCUAGCAGAAUCUAUGUACCAGAAAAGGAUCAGGAAUCAUCCAUGGCUCUAUCCCUAUUCCAGAUUUGUUGCAUUUUCACAAAAGCAAAAUACUGGAAUAUUGGAAGAUCUAGAAAUAGUGGAAACAUCACCGGAGCUGGAAUACUUGAUUGAGACAACUAUGGAUUUACUGGGUCACAUCCAUAUAGAUAAUUUAUCUUCUCUGUUCCUUGAUUUUACCCAUGCAGGUUUGGCAAAAACACAUCCUCUUAUGACCAACCUUUUUCUGCAGUUGCAGAGUCGGCGUAAAAGUCUAGAUUUUGUGUCGCUUGGACAAUAUCUAUCAACUAUAGUGAAUUACAAUGGCAGUCACAUUUUGAUUAUAACGGAAAUUCUUCCUCAACUUCGUCAUCUACUUCAGAAUGGCUUUGUCAGAAUAGAGCAAAAUCCCAACCAGUAUCUCCAUACUCUGUGUCAAUUUUCCUCCCAUGGUCUAUUACAGCAGUUAGACAAUGCUGUAGUAUCAGAUUUGUUGUUUCAAAUAUCAUCACUGUGUUCUGAUCAGGAAUCUAUAGAGAAUGAUUUUGACCUCAUUAUUCCAGUGUUUGAGUUGGUGUCACUGUUCAUGCUUGGAGAUGAAGGAUUGACCUUCAUUGAGCCAAGCAUCAAAGACACAUGUGAGAAGAUUUUGAAAAUAAUCACAGGUAAAAUGUUGGAAAACAUUGAGGAUUUAAAUCUCCAUCAGCUCUGUGCUAUCAUGGCCAUGUCUGCAGAGGAACAGAUGGAGUUCUUGUCAAAACCUUUUUUGGAAAAAGUUCAGUCUCGGACAGAAUGCAUCUUGUUUGAAAUGCAAAAUUUUUCAUCUUACAAUAUCUUGGAGCUCCAUCGACUUGCAAACCUUUCAUGGGUGAGGCUCUCUGCAAAAAGCAGAGAUAGACUUCUGAAUUUGACAUUGGAAUAUUUACAGGAAUAUGUAAAAGAAGAAUCUUUUCCUCCAGAAAUGGUUAUCUUUUUGAAAUGCUCAAAAGCCUUUUCUGACAUGCUACUUGACAGGAAGAUCCCUCUGAGUGCGAAACAAUCUUUGAAGCAAGCCAUUCUUGAUGUGAAUAUAUGGGAACAUCUUGAAUUCAAUGAUUUUAUUGCAAUAUAUGAGACCAUAUCUAUGUAUUUCUUGUCAACUGAAGUCAAGGACGAAUUCACACAUAAGUGUCAGACGGAAUUAUUGACCAACCCUUUCUUAAGCGUGAGAGAUAAAUUGCGUCGUCUCUUUGUUUUGCUUUUAAAGAAGGAAACUGAUCCAAGAAUUUUGAAAAAAGUUAUAAAUGAGCAAGCAAUAUAUCAAAGUAACCUUGAUGAUGUCAAACAAAUUAUUCAACUUGCAGCACUUACCUCUAAAGGGAAUUUUUACAAUGAUGUUGUAAAAGAGUUUAGCAAGAUGUUUUGCUUAGUAGGGAGAAAAAGAUUGCAGACACAAACAGACUUUCGUACUCUUUUUCUAUUGGGAUCUGGCAGAAUUCAUAUGAAUCCAUGCAACUACAAGAAACUUUGUGGAAUGCCAAGCUGGCGAUUACAAGAACAGUUCUCUGACUUGAAUAAUCCAACUGGAGAUUUAGAUCAGGAUAUUCUCAAUGUACUAACAUUCCUUUGUCACAGAGACCUUGAUCUGCCCGAGUUUGAGAUGGCUUGCCUGAUGGUUCUUCAGCUUCCUUCUUCUCCUCUACCUCUCCUCUACAACAGCCUCCUCAAUUAUGCCAUCACAAACCAGUCAAACAUGAAAGCAAAUCAUUUCAGGGACCUUCUGCAAAUUUUAGUGAGUGUUGGACGAGUCGGUAGAAAUACAGACACGUUUAUUCAGAGGACAAUUGACUUUAUUAACCAAUUGACAUUAGACGCCAUUGAUCCGCCUAUCCUGAUACAGAUGCUAUGCAGCAUGUCUGAGUUGAAAGUCUUUUCCCAGGACAUCAUCACAGAAGUAUUUCAGCCAUCCUACCUCAACAAACUGACAGAACUACUACACAGUCCAGAUUUGUCCUAUAAUCAGUCUGCCUUACUGAUGAACAAUAUUGUCCAGCUAAACAGAGCAGUGUGCCUAAAGUGCCCAGAGUAUGGUGUACCUUAUCUACAGGACCUAGUAGAAUCUCGCUUACCAGAGCCAGUUGCUAAAUCCGACGAUGUCCGAGACAAGUUCGUUCUCCACAGCUAUAAGCAAUGUCUGCUUGACCUCUUCACUACAGAGUUUGGUGGGCCAGAGUUUAUUAACACUGAUCACAUCACUUCAGCAGGUCUUCACAUAGAUAUUGCAGUAUAUUUUGAUGAAAACCUUGAUGUAGUGGAAUAUUCUCAACUAGACCAUAUGGAAAAGGCAGGAAAACAUUACAAGAAAGUUGCUGUUCUCUGUCUUGACAAGAAUAAUUUCAACUCAGUUUCUAAAGGUGUGAGAGCAGAAGUAGAACAGAGAGUCGAGUUGCUUGAAGCUCAGGGAUACAAUGUUAUCCUAGCAUCUUGCAGAUUUAGGAAGAGACCCAAGAUGAUGAUGGAAAUGGCAAGCCAUGUCUUGUCUGAAAUUUAUGACUCGGUUGGAAAGACCAUUAAAGAGUGAAAUUACAGAAUGGUUUCCAUGAUCCUUGUAGGUUUUCCUAUUACAGAUGUUACAUAGAAUUCUAUACAGGUUUCACUUGUAUAAUGUAUAACCGUAUCUAUCCCUCAACAAGCCCAGCACGGACAUUGACUGAAAAUAUUGUUAGUAGAAUGAAAUAGCAGUUAAUUGUUUGCAUUUUCACUGUAAAAUGUAUAGGCUUAUAAACAAACAUGCUUUAAUUCAGAUAAAUAUGGUAUUUUGACCUUGUUACAAAUGGGUCUUCAUUGUAUGACGUCAGUCGUCUUUAUAUUUUAUUAAAAUUUAUUAAAGCAAU